UGUUUAGAAUCUAGAAAUCUCUCUUUAUACAUACAUACAUACAUACAUACACACACACACACAUAUCGUGGCAGCCAAUGUGCACACCGAAUUGGUAACGGCAGGGAAAACAAUUAGACAGCUUUCCUAGACAGCCCAAAGGUGUUCUGGAUAUACACUGCGUGGUGCACUUGAUUCAGUAUUUUACAGUUCUUGCUGCACUAGACUCUCAAUAUACAGUACUUGUUGCACUAGACUCUCACUAUACAGUUCUUUCUGCACUAGAUUCUCAAUAUACAGUUCUUUCUGCACUAGACUCUCAAUAUACUGUUCUUUCUGCACUAGACUCUCAAUAUACAGUUCUUGUUGCACUAGACGCUCAAUAUACAGUUCUUUCUGCACUAGACUCUCAAUAUACAGUUCUUGUUGCACUAGACGCUCAAAAUACAGUUCUUUCCGCACUAGGCGCUCAAUAUACAGUUCUUUCUGCACUAGACUCUCAAUAUACAGUUCUUUCUGCACUAGACUCUCAAUAUACAGUACGUGUUGCACUAGACUCAAUAUACAGUUCUUUCUGCACUAGACUCUCAAUAUACAGUUAUUUCUGCACUAGACGCUCAAUAUACAGUACUUGUUGCAAUAGGCGCUCAAUAUACAGUUCUUGCUGCACUAGGCGCCGAAUAUACAGUGUUGAAGUGCUAGAUACACUCUUGCUGCACUAGUUACAAUGUUUAUACAUGACUUGCUCCACUAGCUACAUUAUUUCACACUUCAGGAUAAAGAGGGUGGGUUUUUAGUGCACUUUGGAGAUAGUAACCACACACACACAGGUGGGAAUCAGUUGUACCUGACUGAUGACAUGUGAGGGGGAUGCCCAUCCAGCGACCCUCCUGUUGUAUUAGAUCGCUGCUUCAAAGAGACAGCUGGAGGGUUGCAGGCAGAAGAGCACUUCAUUGGUCACCACCUGCAAAACUGUAAAACAUUCCAAACACCUGGUGGAGGAGCACCAUUUAGUAGGGCUUGACCUGCUAAAUCAUUUACAGACAGAUUUGUUUACAAUGAUUGAAUUCCCACUCCAGAGUAGGGUCGAUGUUUCUUUACUCGCUAAUGUUGGCGUUGUACGAUACAAUCUCUAGUAUGUCCGGACAGAGCGGACUGAUCAGGGCGCUGCGAUUAUUAAAUUCUCCCAACAACAAACUGGGGCGCUUUCUAGAAACUCUGUGUGCGAGUCGGCGACUUUUCUCUCUCUUGCUUUUUUGGGAGAAUUGAAGAUCGGGGCGUGUGGGGAGCGAGAAUGAAAAAGUCUAGCUUGAUCCUCCUUUAUUUCUUUCUUUGUGUUGCUUCUGAGCCCCCUCAAUUGGCUGAACUUUCCAAAACGGCGGCGAUAAUACGCGGCACCGACGCGAAGGUGAAGGCGGCGGGAGGAUCCCAGAUCAGAACCCGAACACACGCCAACUGAAAGAAACUGGACUUCCUGAAAUGCACUCUGGCUGCUCAUAGCGCUGCGCUUUGCACUGCGGCUGGAGGCCCUGUGUUUGCGUCUCAGAGAAUAGUGGAGCUGCUGAGCGCAGCGGGCUGUCCAAUGACCCUGAGAUCGCCCGAAACGUCAGACAGCCCGAGUACCAUAGAAAGCGGCUCCGGGGAGACCGGCUCACCGCCCGGGGGCAUCAAGGAGGGUCGGGAUCGGGAGGAUCGCAUCGCUGAGUCUAUGGCAGAGCUCCGGAGAUCAGUUUCCUUGCAGCAGAGACAGCAGCAUACCAAGCUAACUUCCUAUAUGGCACAGGGUGGUAUUCCCAAUCAGGAUUCUCUUUCAAAAGACACAGUGAUAUGCAGCUGGUACUGGGGUAAUAUGACUGUUGAUGAGGCAAAGGAAAAGUUGCAAGAUGCUCCAGAAGGAACAUUUCUUGUUCGGGACAGCUCACAUACAGACUAUCUUUUAACUAUCUCCGUGAAAACGUCAGCAGGGCCGACCAACUUACGUAUUGAAUACAGAGAAGGGAAAUUCCGAUUGGACUCGGUAGUCUGUGUAAGAUCCAGACUCAAACAGUUUGACAGUGUUGUCCAUCUUAUCGAGUAUUAUGUUCUGUUGUCAAAAAAUAAGAAGAUCGAGUCGGAAACUCUUCCAAAUAGAACAGUUCAUCUUUGGCUGGUGAAGCCACUGUACACAUCCGCUCCGUCCUUACAGCAUCUCUGUAGAAUGACUGUCAACAAAUGUACCAACAAAAUUGAUGAAUUGCCAUUACCAAUGAGACUGAAAGAAUAUAUCACAGAAUAUCGUUACCAUGUAUAGAUGUUUUGCUGGACAUCAGUAAAGCAUGGAGAAGAUCUUCUUCCAAAUCUAGAAAAGAACAAUGUUAAUUAUCAGUUACCUGGACCGUUCUAAGUGGUUAAAAUGAUCAGUGUCGUUUCAUUUCAGUAGGAGUAUCAUAGGACUGCAUUUACUUGAUGGCAAUGAAAAACAUUACAGAACACAUCGGCUUUCGCAGCACUUCUUAAAUCCACUUUAUUUUCUACUUUUUCACUUCAGUAAAAUGAUGGGGAUCAGCAUGCUUUGAUUUUUGAGUAUUGGAUGUUGAUCAAAUGCAUUAUCUGACAGGCCAAAAAGUAUUUUUGCUUCAGCACUCUUUUUUUUUCCUGUGUUUCUGUGUGUAUGCUGCCUGCUAAUAAUGGAUUCAUGUGGCCAAAGUUCACCUGGGUGCCAAAGAAACAGUGAAUGCCAUCUUUCAGCCAGUAAUUUCAGACCCUGGGUCUCUAUUGUUGCACUUAAAUUGCCUCAGACAAUUGAAAUUUAAUUAGCUGAUGGGAUCAAAUACAUAACUAAUGGGAUCAAGGUUUUUUUAUUUGUCCGUCUACUGUGCAAAACUGAAAUAAUCAAAACAUUUCUCUGCAUGCUUUUGUGUUUAUGUAUAUAUGUGCUGCAUAUGCACAACAAUAUCAUAUUCUAACACAGAAACAACAUAUUUAAUGGUGAGUGCCAAAAACAGGAUGGCAUACAAUUAUAUUACCUGGUUGUGAACUGUACAUUCUAUCAACAGACAACAAGCCAACUAGAAAAGUACAUGUAUAUGCACAAUGGCACAGAAGCCUCACACAGCUUAAUCUUGCAUUUCUGUGCCUUGCCCUAAUAUUGGUGCUAUUGUAUCCUAUAAUCUAAUAGUAGGAAAUAUGGAUAUGCAUUGUGCUUCAUAAGUGACAGACAUAAGAUGUCAGUGCCUCUCUCUCUAAUGCACAGCAGAUUGACACCAGCUGUAAUGGUGUCCACUGAUCCAUAUGUUGCAGUCUUUCAUUUUUUUCAUAAAGUCCAUGUGUGUAUAUAUAUAUAUAUAUAUAUAUAUAUAUAUAUAUAUAUAUAUAUAUAUAUAUAUAUAUAUUUUUUUUUUUUUGCUCUCAGAUUUACUGUCAUAGUCAGGUAACAGAAUUCAUUUAAUUUGAUUUCACUAAUGGCAUCUGCAAGCUUUUGGAAAGUAGUCCUUGCAUGCAAUGGAGAAAUACUGCCUUUAAAAUUAAAGGGCAACAGAGCACCCAGCCCCACAGUCAUACCAUGCAGCCUACUUGUUUUAGCCUUUACCUGAUAAAUCCGGUUGAAUUGCACACUAGUAUGUGUCCGUAACUCCCAACGCUUAGCAAUGGUGACUAUUGUAUACUAGCAUUGCUUUUUUAUCACAAGGCACCUUACACAUCCAUUGAGAUGGGCACUGAGAAGUCUUCUGACUCCAGAAGGCAUUGCAUGGAACAGCAGCACUGUGUACAAUGUCAUGCCUACUAGUGUUUACCUUGCCAAGAACAGCAGUUUGCUACUACUAGGGAAGCUUGCUGUGCUUACUGAUAAUAUGUAUGGUUAUGACAGUACAAUCUUUCUAUGUAUCUUUGUGUAAAAAGACUUAAUUCUCCAUGUGAAGUUUAUGUACAAUGUUGAAACCGUGGGAUUUUGAUUGCUAUUGAACAGUUUGCUACUUUCGGUGCCUCGUGUUUUAAGGCUCCAAUAAACAGCCAUUGAAAGUGGAUCCUAAUAUUAUUAAAAUGCAUACUGAAGCACCGGGAAGGUCUUUCCCUUGGGUAAAAUGCUUUUCAGUAGCAAAUAUGACCUUUAGCCCUCAAGCAACAGUAACAGGCAAAAAUAUAAUGUUUCUAAAGGAGAAGGGAAAAAACAGUUUUAACAUAAACUCAGUCCGUUCUAAUGUUAUAAGGUGCUGAAGUUCUCUAUCAGGUACAAAUAAUAUUUACAUAUUUUUUUUACAGUGUAGUAAACAAUGAUGUUGCUCCCUACCAAAAUUAAUCGCAUCAGCCUCCCUCAAAUGCACUACCAUUAACUUUUUAAAUAACUAGGGAUGCACAGAAGCCACUUUUUUUGAAAUUCAGCUAAAUAACCAUCAUCAUCAAUGAACGGCUUGACCAAAUAAACCAGAUCCAAGUCCUAAUUCGCUAUUUAAGGAAACUAAUUCCAUCACCUGUUAAUAAAAAUCGAUAGUCCAGAGCUUUAAAUCCCAUAAUGUUUAAGUGAUUGGAUUUGAUUCUGCAGAACUGUAAAAAUCAUAUGUGAAUCCUUAAAAAGUGCUUAAACUGUACCAAAGUCUUGAUUUGGUGCAUCCCUACAAAUAACUCCUGUGGAUGACUACAUUUAAUGUAUUGCUUCCUAGACUUGGUCACUGAUAUCUGUAAUUAAUCUUGUGCAACUCCUGCUUGCCUUCUCUGCGGAGGAAAUGUGAAGUCCAUGGCACACCUGCAUCCUUUGAGCACCAUUGAGGGGACCUGAGGCUGCUGGCUGAUUUGGUUAAGGUUGGGAGGCAGCAGUUGUUGCAGAUGAGGGGACGACAUAUACCAUAAUUAUUUGCAAGCUUAAGCAGAAGUUUUGGAAUGUGCUUGAACCUAUCUGCUUGCCUGCCCUGGACUGGAAACAGUUUGCCCAUGUUAGCGUUGGUCACUUCCCCUAAAGAUGGAAUGUUUGCCUUUAAAUUAAAAAGAGGAUUUUUUACAUAAGCAUUUAUAGCACAUUGUUAAUAUUAAACUCAACUGCAAUGUAUGCAGGCUUGCAUAGACGUGAGAUAACGUUAUAAUUUUGUCUGUUGCUGCAUCUUGGAGGCUCAACUUGAGCACUAUAGAUCUACAAAUUCUUGACGCUAUAUUCAAUUUUUUAUUUUACCUAUUAUUUUAUUUUUUUCUAUUUGGAAGAGUCCAUGAAUUUUCAUGGAUCUGCUCAAAUGCAGCUAUAAAGUUGCAUUAUUGUAGUGUAAUCUGCUGGGGAUAUCAGCAGUUGCUUUUAUUGUCUACAGUGUAGAACUUUCUUUUUUAAUUUUUACAAACAUGUUUAUUUAAAAAGUGUGUAUUCUCUGCUGUAACUAUAAAACAAUAAAUUUCAACCUAUUAAAUAAAAUGUGUUUUGUGAACUCUAAUGUGUAAAAAAAAGCCUAAGAACUUUUUUCUUAGGGAGCAAAAGCCUGCCAAUGUUCCAAAUAAAUGUCAGUUCAGAAAAGAGGUAAUAUGGUUGAUACAACUGCCACAUUGGGAUA